AUGGACGCAGACGGUUCAAGCCCACAUGUUAACAUCAUUAAUCAUGACAUUUCAGGGCUGACAGCGGUGGCCGAUCAGCGGCGCAUCACUGAGACGUUGAAAGAAAAGCAUUUUUUUGUUUUGAGUGCAACAAUAGCCGAGUUUGCGGCAGCAACAGAGGCAAUGACAGCGGCAACGGCAGCACACCACCAACAACAAGAUAAAUUUGCUCAACAUCACAGUCCGCAUUUAACUGAAUUCGUUCCAGAAAAUGGCCUCCCCCGACGUCUGCGCACUGCCUAUACCAAUACACAACUGCUGGAACUCGAAAAAGAGUUUCAUUUCAAUAAGUAUUUAUGCCGGCCCCGGCGUAUUGAAAUUGCAGCGAGCCUAGACCUGACCGAACGACAGGUCAAGGUGUGGUUUCAAAAUCGCCGUAUGAAGCAUAAGCGUCAAACUCUUUCCAAGACCGAUGAUGAAGACAACAAAGACAGUCUAAAAGGUGAUGAUGAUCAGUCUGAUAGUAACUCCAACUCAAAGAAAUCAUGUCAAGGCUGUGAACUGCCAUCAGAUGAUAUACCAGAUUCCACCUCGAAUUCACGAGGGCACAACAACAACACACCGAGUGCGACCAACAACAAUGCGAGCGCAGGAAGUUUAACGCCUAACUCCACCCUUGAAUCAGGUAUUUCAUCGAAUCUCCUCGGUAGCUCAACGGUGUCUGCCUCGAAUUUAAUAAGUGCCGAUUCAAGUGUGGCUUCCAGUGUCAGCUUCGAAGAAGACCUCGACGAGAGUCCCAUUAAAGUGAAGAAAAAAGAUGACAGUCAAGUUGUCAAAAAAGAAGCAGUUUCCACGUCCACCAAAGCAUCACCGUUCUCUUAUGAUUCUCCUACGGGGGUCAGCAAUGCAAAUGGCGGAAAUAACAACAAUGCCAUUAUGUCGGCUGGUGGUGGUGGAUACCGUCGGAACUCAGACACCUCGUCACACAACAGCCAAACGACAGCGAAUUCGAAUAGUGGCCCCAAUAGUGAAGGUGGUCCGCGGAGAAAACGAUUCCAAAAUGUCAACAAUGCGAACGCGGCAAAUAUUAACGAUGCCGGCGGUCGAGCUGGAAUGGCCACAUAUUUUCAUGGGGGCUACUAUCCGAAGCAUAGCCUUCAACCAGAGCAGCGACCCCACCUUCAUCAUCAGCUACAGCAACAUCAACAACCACAAAUGCAGCAACAAUCCCAGGCGCAAGUUCAGUUAACGCAAACUCAGUCGCCACACAACUACUACGGCAAAUAUGACACUGAAUUCGCCGCAUCGGGGUCUCCACAGCAUCGACAAAAUCUGACAUUGCCAAUGCCACCACAACACAAGCUACAGCAAAUGCCUAAUAACAACCAAUUAAACCAUCAACAGCAUCAGCCGAAUGGUGAAUAUCGAAGUCCCAAACCGGAUUUCAUCAGCAAACUUUCACCAGACAUGCACAAUGUUAAACUUCAACACGAGUUCCAGGCUGCGAAACCAACGGCAACUAAUGCAUUCCACCUUCCGCAAACACAUCAGCAAUCACACGCACCACCACAUCAGCAAGCUUUCUACAGUCAUGGUGGUGAACCCGGCCCGCCGCCAGGUGUCGCUGGGCACUACAUGAAUUAUAAUCACCAUGCGGUGGACAAUGGUAGCGGUUACAUGCAUCCUCAGCACCAUGAUGGGGAAUUUGAGGUGACUUCUCUGAAUACAGGGAGCAGCUAUUACGAAGCCAAGACUCAAACCGCAAGUUAUUAUGACCACUUGAACUUCCAACAGCAACAACAUCAGCAAUCAAUUCAUUCCGAGUUUCACCAGCAUCAAGCGCAACAAGCGCAUGACACUCAUCAACUCCAACAACAACACCAUCCGCAUAUAGGUGGCAUAGCUGCAGAAUACAUGGCCGAUGGCUCGCCACACGUGAAGAUAGGAGUGGCGGCAGAGCCGACAACGGCAGCGGCAGAUAUGUACAUCCCGCCAAAUGCCAGCGCUCUAGGUGUACAAAUGGAAAACUGCGACGGCAGCUAUGGUAGCUUCGCCAGCUAUUACGAGAAUGGACCGCCACAAAUGCAGCCGGAACCGACCAUGCCACCGCACCACCAUCCACAUCUGCACCCGCAUCACCAGCCGCCAACAACGCAUAUGAACAUAGGCGCCAAUAACUUUCCCAUUAACGGGAGCACGCCAGCUAAUGCUCCAGCAUAUCCAAUGACCGGCAAUGGUGGACCCGGCACUGGUACUGGCGGCAAUCUCACCGGCAUGGAGAACUCAAACAGCUCAUCGGACUUUAACUUCCUCAGCAAUCUGGCUAAUGAUUUUGCACCUGAAUACUAUCAGUUAAGUUAGUUCAUCUAAAGCGGUUGAAAGGCAAUUUUAGAACGGCUACACUACACAUUCAUAAGUGCAUACAUACAUAUGUACACAUAUACGUGUGUGUGAAUGUAUAUGCUGUGUAUUUAUAUGCGGGGUAAGAUUUCCUCACGCUAACUCGAAAGUAUCUAAACUCCAAAAAUUAAGAAGUGGCAAAAAGGUGUUUAACAUCUACAAGCGAAACGAU